AUGGAUCGCGGUGAGAACUCCAAUCCCAUUGACAUCCACCUGAGCACAUUUGUGGACGGAUGCCGACGAUCUUUGAUUUGGAAGGACAACAAUGCUGAGCUGCUUCAAUGCAUGAAGUUUGCCUGCUCUUGUGUGCUUUCUUCUCCAAAGGAAAGGCCUACAGUGUUUGAGGUUUACCAGCUUCUGAGAGCUGUUGGAGAGAAAUAUCAUUUCAGUGCAGCUGAUGAUGAAUUGACGAUGCAACCUCAAAAUGCCAAUCCUGAAGAUGAGCUUAUUGUAGCAAACUAG